CAUUUCACCUCUCUUUGUUCCUCUAUUUCUCUCAUUUCUCUUUCCCUUGGCUUUUUUCCCUCUCGCUUUCCGUCCCCAUUUUCCGCACAAAACUCAACACAGCCCUAAAUCUCAAAUUCCACUUGAAACGCCAUUUCCACUGUAAGAAGUAAAAUCAAUAAGCAUUUAGGGUUUUGAACACCAAAUUCGCUGAUAACGAAUCAAAAUCAAAUCCUUCUUCGGGAAAUUCUCAGGUUGUUGUUACGUUUGUAAAUUUAAUUCAAUUUGAGUUAUGGUGAAUGGUCAGGUUCUCUGAUAAGGCUCCUUGGCUCUUGAGGAGUGGAAUAUACUAGCCUGCCUCAGUCUGUAACUAAUUUUUGUAGUAAACUGGAGCUCAUUUCACUAUGUCGGGAUUCAAUCGCAAUGGAGUCAAUUUGAUCAACUGCUUCUUUCAUUUUUCUGAAUGGCAUCCACUUGAAUAGCAAAGUCAACAGGGGCUUGAAGCCCAUAUCAAAAUUUUCCCUUUUAAGAGUAUCAUACUACUUUUACCUUUCUUUAUAAUCAAGGAUCAUACUGCUUUUAUCUUUGGAUUGGUAUGUGAAUUGAGUUGCAUAUUGAUUUGUAACAAGAUGCAUGCUAAUUUUCAGGUGUGGGGAUCAAAUUGUUAUCGGGUUGUAUAGUGUAGUCAUUACAACUUUCUGUAGUUUCUUGAUGUUUGUGAAGGGGCAUUCUGUUGCUAAAGUGACAGAAAUGGGGUGCUGUGGGUGUUUUGGGUUCUGUUUUGCUAGGAAACCAAAGAGGGUGGGAAGGCCCAAUUUGGGAUUGUCAAAUAACUGUUCUCAGGAGUCUUUGCUAUAUGAAGAGGGGGAGGAAGAAGAUGGUUGCUCCUACAAUGGUGAUGUAACUGAUACUGGUAUUGGGGAUGAUGGUGAGUAUCGCUGCCCAGUCAAACGCUCUGAAGAGAUUCUCAUGUACAGAGCUCAAAAUGGGUUGGUUUGCAGGGAGAUCCCUGUCAAGGAAACCCACAAAGUCAUACGGGAUGAGGAUGAAGAUGGGAAAAAGAUGGUUAAUGAGUAUGUACGUGAAUAUAAGAUUGGUUCUGGUAGCUAUGGAAAAGUGGUUCUAUAUCGGAGCCGUACUGACGGAAAACAUUAUGCCAUUAAGGCCUUUCGCAAGUCUCAUUUAUUAAAAUUGCGUGUGGCACCUUCAGAAACUGCUAUGUCAGAUGUUCUUCGUGAGGUUCUGAUCAUGAAAAUGCUGUGCCAUCCCAAUAUAGUUAAUCUUAUUGAGGUGAUUGAUGACCCAACAACGGAUCACUUCUACAUGGUUCUUGAAUACGUUGAAGGAAAAUGGGUCUGUGAGGGUGCUGGUCCGGCAGGUGGUCUCGGAGAACAUAAGGCACAGACGUACUUGCGUGACACGGUAUCCGGCUUGAUGUAUCUACAUUCUCAUAAUAUAAUCCAUGGGGAUAUUAAGCCAGACAAUCUUUUAGUUACGGCCUCUGGCAGGGUGAAGAUUGGUGAUUUCAGUGUUAGCCAAGCUUUUGAGGAUGAUAAUGAUGAGCUUAGGCGGUCUCCUGGCACUCCGGUUUUUACUGCUCCUGAGUGCUGUUUAGGACUAACAUAUCAUGGAAAAGCUGCUGAUACAUGGGCAGUUGGUGUCACCCUUUACUGUAUGGUUUUAGGAAAAUACCCAUUUCUCGGAGACACACUCCAGGACACAUAUGACAAGAUAGUAAAUAACCCCCUCGCUCUCCCUGAUGGUAUGAAUCCCCCGCUGAAGAAUUUGCUCGAGGGGCUUCUUUGUAAAGAUCCAGCAAAAAGGAUAACACUCAAGAGUGUGUCUGAGCAUGAAUGGGUUGUCGGAAAUGAAGGUCCCAUCCCUCAGCAUCUAUGUUGGUGCCAGCGCAAAAAAUUACAAAAGGAAGAAUCUGAUGGGAGAAUGGAGGAUCAGAAAGAUGUUCUGUGAUUUUUAAUUUAUGUUUCUAGUUUUCGAGUUGUGUUUUUAUGGAACGGGAGCUAGGAUGUUUCUUCCAACAAGCUUUGUUUGUGAAAGCAAAAGAAUACAGUUAUACAGGCAAAAUAACACAGGAUAAUAGAGCAUGAGAGGUAAGAGGUCAAGUAAAUUCUGUGAUAUUUCUAGUGUAGUUAGUACUGGAAGACAGACGACUUGUGCCUCAAAUGCAAGAACGCUUUUUUCAGUCAAGAAGACAAAUUAUUAGGUGUUUCCUCGUUAAGAGAGAAGAAGAAAAGAAGGGGAAAGCCAAACAAUCAAGUUCUCCUUUUGCUUUAUCAUAA